ACACACCAAAAACGUACACAGAAAAUAAACAAAAAAGAAACUAACACAAAGAAUGGUAAAAGUCUAUCUGUUUAGAAAAUUGCCUGCCCUCAGUCAAAUGCAGCGUGAUGUGUGGCAGGAGGCAGUGUCCGAGGUGGUGGAGCCUGUGCUUGGUGGCCGGACCAGCACCAUCAUAAACUACGGGGAACGCAUGGACUACGGCAGCGACGACUUGGAUGUGAUGGCGCGCAGCUUUGGGGAUUUGUUUCGGCAUGUCUACACGCUGGAGCUGACCAUGGAGGUCAACAUAUCCAUCAGGCAUGUGGAGCUCAAUGGAGAGCUGCCAGAGUCCACGGGCGACAUGGAGGGGCAGGAUCACAGGCCGUCCAAGCAGCACUUUGUGGCAACCAGCGGCGAUGUCUAUGCGUACAUUGAGCGUGUGAUGCGUCGCCUGCCACAGAGCCGUGUGCUCUUCACGCUCAAUGUGCGGCAAACGAACAUCGAUCAGUCGCGGAAGGUCUAUGGGAAGUUGCAGUUUAUUCACUUCAGGAGCGACUCGGGAGACAGCAGCACCUCCAUGGGCGCACUGCUGAAGCUCUUCAAGGCUCUGUCGCGCAGUCCCAAGAGUCACAUGCGCUACCACAACAUAAAUCUAACGCGAUUGCUGGAGGAGGUGCUGGUCAGUGCCGACAGCACUGUGGUGAUCAACUACACAGAGGCUCCUGUAUGGAACACAGCGCUGAAGGCGCCGCACAGCACUCCGGAGUCCUCAUCCGUUGAUGUGUGGAAGGCCAGGUAUCGGAAGGAGCACACAAAGUAUCAAAGCCUGAAGGACAAGGUGCUGAGCAUGGAGCUGUGGACCAGCAGCGAGCAGAAGCUGCAGCUGUACGAGAUAAUGGACAGCCUGGAGAGCGACUCGGAGGAGUACAGCAGCAGCGACACGACGCUAGAGACGCAGCAGGUCUGCACCGUGUCCACACAGAAACUGCUGCAAAUCCGCAGAGAGGCAGAGCUGACAGUCGAUGAGCUGCAGGCGCUGCAGUCGCGCGUUGAGCUGCUGGCCAUCAAGAACCAACGACAACACCUGGAGCUGCUGAAGCGGCAAGAAAUGGUGGGGCAACUCCACGAGGAACUUAUCCGUGCCAACGCGGAGCUGCUGCAGCAGAAGUUAUCCUUCCAGCAGAAGCUGGAGCAGUACACGGAGCGCUUCAAUCAGCUGUGGCGCGAGCAGAGCGAGAUGCUGCAGUCCAGGGAGUUGCAACGCAAGCAGCAACUCUCCGAAAUGCUCGACAGCUACUGCCAGGAGAUGCAGAGCGCCCAUCAGCGGCAGUUGGCACAGAAGGAGCGCGAAUUGCAGGCUGCACAAAGGCCGUCGCCGUCGCCGCCGCCGUAGCUGUAGUCAAGGAACAGACCAACUUCCAGCAUGCAAUGCAAUAAAGAAAAACGAACACAAAACCCCACACUUAAAG